AUGGCUUCGAUUUGUCGGGCAAUACCAGCCUUUCUUGUGGUGCUCGCCGCACUCGCCACCACCUCCGUCACCCACGCUGAAGCUAACCUUACUCUCCGAUGCCAUCCAGACCAGGCUGCAGCCCUCCUCCAACUAAAGAAACCCUUCUCUUUCAUCCGUUAUCCCAGCGCCCUUGAGUCAUGGCAGGAUGGCACUGACUGUUGUCUCUGGGAAGGUGUUGGCUGCAGCAAGUCCUCAGGCCAUGUCACCACUCUGGAACUCAGUGGGCGUGGCUUCUACAGUCCAGGUCUUGACCCUGCAAUCUUCAACCUGACCUCACUCCAACUACUCGACCUUAGCAUGAAUAAUUUCGGUCGCUACAGUCUUCCGGCAAGUGGGUUUGAGAGGCUCUCCUUGCUCACUCACCUCAACCUCUCCAACUCCGGUUUCCAAGGCCAGAUACCUGCUAGCAUCGGCAGACUUGCCAGCCUUAUCUCCUUGGAUCUUUCCGGUUUUCGUGAUCCCUAUCACUAUAAUUCUCUUUAUCACUAUGAUUCUCUUUAUCACUAUGAUUCUAUUUAUGGGUAUGAUUCUGCUUAUAAUCAGCUCUCACUGCAGGAUCCCAACUUUCAUAUCCUAGUGGCCAACCUUAGCAAUCUGAAAGAGCUCUACCUUGAUGGAGUGGAUAUGUCUAAAAGCGGAGACUGGUGUCAUGCUCUUGCUAAAUAUCUUCCCCAUCUCCAAGUUCUUAGCUUGAGUUAUUGUAACCUCGCCGGUCCUAUUUGUCCGUUGCUCUCAAAUCUCCAUUCCUUAACUGUCAUCAACCUCGAGGGAAGCUUUGAUAUCAACAACUUUGACGGAAGCUUUAGUGAAUCUGCGGGUGCAGGUCCUUUUCCAGAGCUUUUCAUGGAUUUUCUCAAUUUAAGUGUGCUCCAACUUGCUGGGACAAAUCUCCAAGGGUGGUUUCCACGUAGAACCUUCCAAUCGAAAACACUACGGAUUCUUGAUUUAUCUGGGAAUUAUGAUCUCUCAGGGCAUGUGCCCAACUUCUCCAACGCAAGUUCUUUGGAGACAAUGGUGCUAGACGGGGCCAAUUUCUCCUGUGGAAAACCAGGCCCUUUUAGCAACUUCAAGUCUUUGGAAACGUUAAGCCUUGGUUUGAGUCUUGCUUCAGUGGAGUCUCUAUCUUCACUUGGUAUUCCCAGGUCUGUGCGGCAUUUGGAACUCAUUCAAAUGGACUCGACAACAGAAUUGGGGAUAGCUUUAGCACGGAUUGGAGACCUGCAGAAUUUGCGAAGCUUAGAUCUCUUUGGAUGGAACUCCUCUCAGAUAUCUUUUUCUUCAGUUGCCAAACUCAAGAACUUGAAACGCCUAUCAAUCCACGGCUGCAGCUUCUCUCCUACAUUUUUUUCUUCAGUUGCCAAGCUCGAGAGCUUGAGCAGACUGUCAAUCACUCGCUGCAUCUUCACCAGGUCAGCGCUAUCAAAUUUUGGUAAUCUAGUAGGCUUGACAAGCUUGGAAGUCUCUGAUUGUUACUUUGAUGGUCCAAUACCAUCUUCAAUUGGCAACUUGACGAAGUUGAAAAACUUGAAAAUCAACAGUUGUUGGUCAGUACCAUCUUCAAUUGGUGUUUACAACAAUAUCGGACCAGUGCCAUCUGCAGUAGGCAAUCUUAGUAACUUGGAGAGUUUGGAAAUAAUUGAAUCUGAGUUUUCUGGACCAAUACUCUAUGCAGUUGCGCUACUCAAGAAGUUGACAUCAUUACGUAUUCGAAAUUCUGGCUUUUCUGGACACAUACCAAAUUCAAUAUCUAAUUUGACUCACUUAAUUUUAUUAGAUCUUUCAUUAAAUGGUCUCAAUGGGAAACUUCCAGCAUCUGUUUUCACUAUUCCAACACUGCAACGCCUAGAUAUUAGCUCAAACCAAAUAUCUGGAUCUAUACAAGACAUCAAUGCGACUUCUUCACACUUGGUAUCAGUGGAUCUAAGCAGAAAUAACUUGAAGGGGAAUAUUCCCGGCUCAUUCUUUCAACUCACAAGUCUGGCUUAUCUUGAUAUUGGCUGGAAUAACUUGAUGGGUUCGGUGGACCUUUCCUCGUUUUGGAGGUUAGAAAAUCUCGUUCAUUUGGGUCUUUCCAACAACAAUCUAUCAGUCACGGAGAUGGAUGGAGAAGGUAUCAACUCAGUGUGUACCUAUCUCCCUCGAGUUACCAGGUUGGAAUUAGCAAGUUGCGAUUUAACACGAUUCCCAUGUUCAUUGGCACCCCUUAAUCUAAUGUCUUACUUGGACUUGUCAUGCAAUAGAAUCAGUGGUGCUAUUCCAAAGUGGAUAUGGGCAACAUGGAACAGUAGCCUUACAUAUUUGAAUCUUUCACAUAACAUGUUCAGCAUUAUGCAACUUCCUUCUUAUGUUCUCCCUUUCAACCAGUUGGAAACUCUUGAUCUCAGUUCCAACCAGCUUCAGGGCCAGAUUCCUAUGCCUAGUCCGCCAGCAGUUUUCUUAGAUUAUUCAAACAACAAUUUCUCUUCGGUGCUUCCAAACUUCAAUCUCUAUCCAGGCUAUGAGUUCAGUGUUUCUAAAAACAAGAUCAGUGGACACAUACCUAACACAGUCUGUGAUUCAACUAUCCAAGUCCUCGACCUGUCUUUUAACAACUUCAGCGGUCGGAUACCUUCCUGUCUGAUAGGAAAUAGUUACACGAGCGUGUUGAGUUUGCGGGGAAAUCAAUUUGAAGGUGUGCUGCCUAACAACAUCAAAUAUCAAUGUUUCCUUCAGACACUAGACUUGAACAACAAUAAGAUUAUAGGGCAGCUUCCCAGGACACUUACCAAGUGCUUGCAGCUGGAGCUCCUUGACAUAGGAAAUAAUCACAUGGUAGGUACUUUUCCAUCAUGGCUGGGGAUACUUCCCGGACUUCGCGUCCUUGUCUUGAGAUCCAACCGAUUCUAUGGCUUGAUGGGUGGUGAUCUUCACAGUGAUGAUAAAUCUGGAGAAUACUUCUCUAGCUUGCAGAUUAUCGAUGUUGCCUCAAACAAUUUCUCUGGCAAUUUGAGUCCAGAAUGGUUUGGGGGGUUGAAAUCAAUGAAGGCGGAGUUGAAUACUACUGGUCUUAUUGUUAGUGCUUUCAACGGAAGUGUCUCUGAACAUCCCUAUCAGGAUAGUGUUACUAUAUACUAUAAAAGCAUCUAUAGGACAUUUGAUAAGAUCUUAACCACUUUAACAGCAAUUGACUUAUCAAAUAAUUCCUUUGAUGGCACCAUUCCUGGAUCGCUUGGGGGGCUUAUUUCGUUACAUGUACUAAACAUGUCAGGCAACGCCUUCACCGGUGAUAUUCCCAAGGAAUUUGGUGCGAUGACUCAACUAGAAUCGCUGGACCUGUCUCGAAACCAGCUUUCUGGUGGUAUCCCAGAGGACCUAACAAAUCUCAACUUUCUCGGUAUGUUGAACUUGCGCGACAAUCAUUUGGUGGGAAUGAUACCUCGGUCAGGUCAAUUUGCGACAUUCCAAAACAGUUCAUUUGAAGGGAAUCUGGGGUUGUGUGGACUACCAUUGUCCAACCCAUGCGGCGUUUCACCCGCUCCUCCAAGUGCGGCGCAUGCGGAAAAGUCCUCUCAUGUGGAUGUCAUCUUGUUUCUCUUCAUCGGGCUGGGCUUUGGUAUCGGAUUUGCAGCUGCCAUCCUCAUGAGAUGGGGUCGGGUCGGCGAAUUGCUUGUGAAAUCUGCAAGAGCGUUGAGGACUUGAUCUCGAACACUGGAAACUGCUUCCAAGUGCAAGCACGCUUUGCUGGAAGCGAGCCUAUAAGUCUUGUGCAACUGUUGCUUCUAGUCCUUUAAAAAAAAAAAACUGUUGCUUCUAGUGAGGUGUGUGCAUCGCUCUCAUGUCUUAUCUUCUCUAGUGUGUUGCUUGGCCUAGUUGGCCAUAUAGUAACAUCUUGUAAUGUAUCUCCUGUCAUUUCCAGGUUCAAAUGUCCUGUGUAGGUUUAAGUCGGAUAUAAAUCUUGUAACCAGUUUGUAAUCUUGUUCGACUGUAAAUAAACUCCAUGCGGCCUGAGAAUGGUUAUACGCUUCACCAACACA